AUGGCGGAUAAAGGUGAUAAAGGCGCUGAAAAGAGUUUUUUAGCUCGAACGGCGAGUAUUACCACCAAAAGAGCCAAAAGAGCUCAAGAAAAGGUAAUGUAACAUCAUUUUAUUCUGUUUCCAUGGCUUUUAAAGGUUGGAGCAUAAUGAUCAAUUGCCCUCGGAAGUGACAUUUGGGUGGUGUUUUGAUCCGGUUAUCUUGCAAUAAUUGGCAAUUGAAAUUUGCAGAGAGGUCCCUAAUUUUGUCGUUUUUUUAAUCGGUUGUAUUUUAGGUUAUGCAAAAGCUUGGAAAAGCAAACGAGACGAAGGAUUUAACUUUUGAUGAAUUCGUGACCAAUUUUAACAAACAACAGGUAGGGGGACGCGUCUAUAAGCUAUCAUUAAGAGCGGUAUUGUAAUCGAAAUACAUGUACUAGCUGUAGGCAAUUAAUCUAAGCCUAAGCUUGAAGAAAUGUGAUUUCUAAAGACUGUUUUUGCCGAAGUCUUCAACGCGACUUGUGUUUGUCUUUAUCUGAAAAUAUUUAAUUUGUUACUUGAUCGACCUUUUCAGUUAGCGUAACUCAACCGACAGCAUGGAAUUACUAGCGGAGUGGAGAAAUGUACAAUAUAGAAGGAGAAAUGAGCGCUUAUUAAUAUUAUACGUGUGUUCACUUGCUUGAUAACAAUGAGAAGUUUUAUUUUCCACUUCAUUUUUUAAUCAAGUGAAAGAAAAUUACCACAUUUUAUUUCAUUUCUCACUGAGAAGAAGUAGAUUGUACUAAAUAGGUUAUCUUAUAGUAAAUGUAAGAUAAGACCAUGCCUUUGAAAUAAAUUCUGAUUCUUUUUGUACAGAGUGCAGCACAGAGGCUACAUAAAGAAUUAAAAAAUUAUUAUGCUUGCAUCAGAGGUGAGAAAAGAGAGAAUUUCUUUCCUAAUAAAAAUUGCUACUUGUAGUCAGAGAUACCUUGCCAGCAGAGGACCCUCAGCCCUUUGAUCUUCCUAGAUAAGUCCCACUUAUCUAGGAAGAUCAAAGGGCCUCUGCUUGCAGGGUAAGUCAAAGAAUGAACAAGCAAUAAUAACCCUCUAAGCCACAGUGGAGCCUUUGCAGAGAAACAAUCACAUGGUACAAAAGCACCUUGCUGGCAGGUUAAGCAGUCCGCUAGCUUAGUGGUUAAGCAGUUCACGAGCUUAGCAGUUAAGCGGUCCUCUAGCUUAGUGGUUGAGCAGUUCACAAGCUAAGUGGUCAAGUGGUUCUCUAGCUUAGCGGUUAAGGGGUCCUCGAGCUUAGCAGUGAAGCAGUCCAUGAGCUUAGCAGUGAAGCGCGGUCCUCUGGCUUAGUCGUUAAGCGGUUCAUGAGCUUAGCAGUUAAGCGGUCCUCUAGCUUAGCAGUUAAACCGUUCAUGAGCUAGGUGGUCAAGAGGUCCAGGAGCUUAGCGGUGAAGCAGUCCAUGAGUUUAGCAGUGAAGCGGCCCACAAGCUUAAGUUUAGCAGGCAUUCAGUGGUCAAUUCCAUAAGUUCAGGCUCACAUGGUACGUGGUAGCUUUGUACACAGCUAGGUGUUGAGCGUUUGUGUAGCGGUCAUGGAGUGGUUGUUUGAGCGUCAACGCAGUCAGUUAACUGUGUGAUCAUUUUCAUCUGGUUUCGUCGGUUUACCUGGUUUUCCUCAGGGCAAGCAUUGUUGGCUUCUAGCAGUGUGUGGGGGAAAUUUUCAACUCACAUGGAACAUUAUUGGUUCCUCACAGUAAGGAGUAUCAAACUGAGCAAUUUUUUGUGGCGCUUGCAUUAGCAUGAACCCGUUGGAAGUGGUUGCUUUUAGCAUUUCCCCUCCCCCCUCACCCUCUAUGUCUCCUUCCACUGAUUCAUCAUGCUUCAGUAUGACAGGUGCCUAAAAGGGGGGGCCAUGGCUGGGUUGUGAGGUUUUGCUAGCCAUGGGAGACUUCUAGGGGCUGGCUAGCGACGGUAGAGGCCCCUGGAUACUCCACUCACCCACAUUCCCUCUAGUUUUUAGUAGUAAAUAGUGUUAGUAGUACUUGAAAAAUAUUAUAGUCUUUUUUGUACUUUUAGCGUCUUUUUGCGGGUAGGUGUGCAACUACUUGUAUUGGUGUGGUGUGGCAUGUAGUGUUUAUGUGGCAUUGGCGUGGGAUUCACAGCGUUUGUAAAAUUUAUGAGGCUUUGGGGUUGGACGUUUGUGGCAUUUUUACAGCGUUUGUAGCAUUUAUGGGGCAUUGCGCCGUACGUCUGGCACAUGGGUCUUUUUUCUUCAUGCUCUGCAUAGGUGGGUGUCUCUGGGUUUGGAGUAUUGGGCCUCAGGCUUCUCCCAGCCAUGAGUCCCUUCUUUCGGAGCAUUCAGCUCGGAGGUCCCUUCAGCUUGGCGUGGGUGCUCAUGGCUGGAGGGCAGAGGUUUGCCAACCAUGGGGGUGUAACUCUGUCUAGAAGCUGGCUGUGCUGUAGGUGGAAGCCCCUGGACAUCCCAGGCACCCACCUCCACUAGUGACACAGGUGUUAAAUGAAGUUAAGUAAAAUAUUUUUUUAACACAGGUAACAACAAGGAGCAUAGGCAUGGUCAGCGGUCAGUCGUUUGGCUCAAGCGGGGUCAGCCUUGCUUGCAUCACCUCCAUAUGCUCAGUACAACGUUUUCCUGGUGGCCAUUCUCUUUGUUUAGCCUUUGAAUCAUUCUUUUACUCCCAUCCCUCCCCCCUUUAUACUUCCACUGAUAAAUCAGCAUGACAGGUACCUGGUUUCAUUGGCGUGGAUGGUCAUGGCUGGAGGGCACGGGUUUGCCAGCCAUGGGGGCGAAACUCUGUCUAGGGGCUGGCUGUGCCACAGGUAGAAGCCCCUGGACAUCGCAGGCAUCCACCUCCACUAGUCACGCAGUUGUUAAAGUUAAUUUUAUUUCUUGCCAGCAAUGUUAGUUGCAAAUGAUGCAUUUGGAGAAGCAGUAAAAGAAGUUUAUGAACCUGACUGGCCUGGAAGAGAUAAACUUAUUCAGUAUUUAGAGGUUUGUAAUAUCAUAAAACAUCAGGUUUUGAGAAAAUGGGUUUAUCUUCAUCAUCGAAAGAAAUCACAAGAAGUGUUUCAUCAGAUAAUUAUGUAGUUUUAAAGUGGCUUUGUGGAGGCACGUCUGGAUAUCUUUCUAAAACCUGUUUUGUGUUUGAUCUUUGAAAUGAUAUCAUACACAGUGAAGAUUAUUUUUUGACUUCGAAGAAGUGCUCAAUGCAUAAAAUAUACAGAACAGGGCUGUCAUUAAGGGCCAGAGAUCAGGGAUUUCUCCCAGCUACUAUAAAUGUGGUCCCUGGCUUCUUUCAUAGAAAACUAGAGGAAAGUAGAAUUGAAAGAAAUCCCUAGCUGUUUGAUUUGUCACUAACUAGGUUGAUUCUCAAUUUCUUUUGUCUCCUAGCCCUAAGUCAUGAAUAAUAAAAUUAUUAGGGCUACAAGACAAAGGGAAUAGUUGAGAACCAACCUAAGUUAAAGAAUUUUAACCUGAAUUUAAUUUUGACCUGUAACAAAUACCCAGCAACUUUAAAUCUUAGUUACAGCCCUGCAGAGCAAAAUACAUAUUACAUUUUAAAGGAUGUACAUUUUGACUCAGAGUUUCAUGCGCUAAGCAAUUAUCAGACUGAAAUCUGUUCACUUAGAGCAUUUAGUUUGAUGAUUGCUCAGUGUGCGAAACUCCAAGUUUCAACUUUCCACAAAGUUUACAUUAGAAUAUUGUAACAGUAUAUAAUAAUAUACCAGUAUUGCAUCAUAUUCUGUAUGAUGCUGUCAACAGUAAGCAAUGUGAUCUGAGUUUAAUGAUAUUUUAUUUUUUAUGGUAAAUUUAGGAAUUGCAUAAUCAAUGGCAUGAAUUAGAAGAAAAACUACAUGAUGAAGUUAUCGUCCCUCUAACAGCUUAUCAGAGUCAGUUUCCUGAUAUCAAGGUACUCUACUCUAACUCAAAGAGAAAUUUACUCCUUUUCAGCAUCCAAUAGUGUUAACUUCAUGAGUUUUUUCCUGUCAGAUCCUCGUACAUCCAUAAUUUUGCCCACAUCACCUUGACCUGUAGCAAAUCAAGGUAGGCAGGAUUGUAGAUGGCCUGCAAAGACAUUGUGUAGUAUUUUGAUCUAAGAUGCAGAGGUGGAGUCUUGGAAAGGGUUUUCAGCCUGUAGCCUGAGAUAACAGCCACACUUCACGACGCUACUACUGGUGUUCCCAAGAAAUGACAUCUGAUGACAAGUGCAGAAAUUCCGUACUGAUGACAUGUCACUACCCAGAUCUGGGUAAUUUGGUUGAAGCAAGCAUCCCUGUGACCAAUCAGUCUGAAUUUUGUUUUCACUUUCCCUCGGCACGAAUUUUCCAAGACACUUAAGCGAAAAAUGGCUGUCAAAAACUGUCAAAAAAAAACUGUAAACACAAAUCAACAGCAAUUCUCCAUAGUCUAUACUCCUAUCGACCAUAGAAAUGCUGUUCAUUUCGUUCUUCUUCAACAUCCAUUUUGACUUCCUCUCUCAGAUCCGUGUAAGUAGUCCCUUGAGUUUACCCUGAGCAGACAGUUUCGUGAGUUAUUGGCCUGCUAUGUUUCAACUUCCACUUGAGUUUUAGGGCACUUUCCAUUUGUCAAAACUGGCCAGCUGGACCAUUACCGGUCCAGUUAUUUUGACAAUGAAAUCAGCUUUUUCCAAGGGUUUUUGCUGAAGAACCAUCUCCUUCCUAUUCAGGAUUUGACUGAUGUAGCUGGAUAGUUUUGAUUAAUAGUGAAAUUCUCAUUAUGAAGGAAAGGGUCUUGUCGGUCAGUUCUGACAAAUGGAAAGCGCCCUUAAACAUUUUGGUGUCAUUUCUAUGGACGAUAAGAGUACAAAGAAUGGAAAAUUUGGAUUUUUAAAAUGAAAACGGUUAGAGUUUUUGUGGGAAUAAGCAGACAUGGUUACCUUUAUUCACUAAGUCUAAUGUAACUAAGCAAUCAAGGUUUNAGAUCCGUGUAAGUAGUCCCUUGAGUUUACCCUGAGCAGACAGUUUCGUGAGUUAUUGGCCUGCUAUGUUUCAACUUCCACUUGAGUUUUAGGGCACUUUCCAUUUGUCAAAACUGGCCAGCUGGACCAUUACCGGUCCAGUUAUUUUGACAAUGAAAUCAGCUUUUUCCAAGGGUUUUUGCUGAAGAACCAUCUCCUUCCUAUUCAGGAUUUGACUGAUGUAGCUGGAUAGUUUUGAUUAAUAGUGAAAUUCUCAUUAUGAAGGAAAGGGUCUUGUCGGUCAGUUCUGACAAAUGGAAAGCGCCCUUAAACAUUUUGGUGUCAUUUCUAUGGACGAUAAGAGUACAAAGAAUGGAAAAUUUGGAUUUUUAAAAUGAAAACGGUUAGAGUUUUUGUGGGAAUAAGCAGACAUGGUUACCUUUAUUCACUAAGUCUAAUGUAACUAAGCAAUCAAGGUUUCUUAUAUAAUGUUCCACUAUUUAUUUUGUCUUGUUUUCAUUAAAAGGCAAGGAUAAACAAGCGUGGUAGGAAACUUGUGGACUAUGAUCGCUACAGACACAACCUAGAAGUAAGCUAGUACAAAAAUUAAUGUAAUCCCUCCCUACUCUAUAGGAUGUAAAACCACCAGCGCCCCCUCCCCCUGAACUGAAGUUCCAGCUACUGCAUCCUAAUAUUUUGACAUUACAUUCUACCCACUCUCCCCCUGAGUGUACCCCAAGACCUUCCACAUGAUGGAGGGGGUGGAAUCAUGGAUAGAUCUCCUGUAGUUACUUAUUACACAAUGCAGUGUACCUUUAAACUUGUUUUGUUUUGUCUCUUCUUUGACCUCAAGUUUCUUUGAAUUUUUUUUUUCUCUGGCAGACACUUAAAGCAAAGGGCAAGACAGCUGAUCUCAAGAAAUUGACUCAGGUGAUUUAUGCUAUUUAAUAUGCAGUUCUGCAUGAUUUUGUCUAAAUUUAUCACUUUUUCGGACUGUGACUUCAUACACUGAAGACUACAUGACAUAAAGAUGGGAUUAAUAUUAUAAGUCGAGUCUGGAUCAGAUAAAGUUUGCAUUCCUUUUAGCCAAACUUUUUUUGGAUUUAGACAAUCCAGAUGAUUUGGAUUUUUGUGCUAGCCGGAACAAAAAUGUAAAAUAAGAUUGAUCCAUACAAUAGCUGCCUGCUGCUCUGAUCUUCUUCUCAAUUUCAACACAACACUUUUUCAUUUCUUUCUGCUAAAUUAAGCACCUUCUUAUGGAGAAAUGGGAAAAAAAAUAGCUCUUUAACUAGUGGUGGUUCAUACUGGGACUUGUCAACUUGAAAUUAUCUGGAAUUUGAUUCAACAAAAUUCAGAAGACAAUUACGAAUUCUUCAACCUCGUUCUUAAGUGCUGAGAAGCGCACUCUAAACACACACAUUCAGUUGGACACCGUAGUUUUACAGUGAGAAAAUCCAAGCGUUUUCACUUCCUUGAAGAUUUAGAGUUACAGUGGAACUUGAGUUCAAUAUACUACAAUCCUUUAGCGGCAAUUAGAACAACAGAGGAGUAUAAAUACCUUAUGCCUGAUCCAACCUUGACCGGCCAUUUUUAUCGAUGAAGAGCACAUUCCUGUAAUCAAAAAGCAGUUUCCUUUAAUGGAACAAAAAUCUGAAACCAGAUUGAGAUACCAAUCUGAACGAUCCAAGUGCAGAGGUGGAUUGUUCAGAUUGCAAUCUUAGAUUGGUUUAGUCCUUAAUGGAAUGAAAAAUCAAAUUUCGGAUUGCAAAAUCUGGAUUAAGAUUGGUCAAAAGGAAUGCAACCAAAAUUAAACAAUGACAGUUUUGGUUUAAAAAUUUCAUUCGAUGAAUAAUUAUCUUUUGAAGUUUUUAAACCAAAACUGUCUUUGUUUAUAAAAUACAAUAAUUAUUAUUGUUAUUAUUGUAAUUAUGUCUAACAAUUACUGAUCCUUGUUUCAGGCCGAAGAAGAAUAUAAUGAAGCAAAAUCAGUUUACACCAAGCUUCAUGCAGAGUUAUAUGAAGAAUUACCCGCAUUAUUUGACAGGUUAGAACUUUUGCAAUGUUUCUACAAAUAUUUUUUGUUCCAUCAUCAGACAUACAUGUAGCACCACUUUAGUUUACAAGGGUGUUGCAUCAUAGAAGAUACUUGCUCAAGGAACUCAAUGAAUUCAGGUUAAAAUAUCAACCUCCGGUUGCCAAUUUUGACGUCUGGGACGUCAAUGUUCUCACUGCUUAAGGUCCCUAUUGACUCUCAACUUUCUUCUGUACAAAUGGGUGCUAGAAAGGAAAUACCGUAGGGGAAUACUGUUAUCAAUUUUUCUUUGUUUUCUAAUCCCAAUAAUUGUUAUGCACAAUAAUGAACACAGUUGAACUUCCAUUAAGCAGCCACCCAUUAAGUGGCCACUUCUAUCAAGCGACCGCGGCUACCUGUUUGCUGUCCCAACAAGAGUUUUCCCAUAGUUGUCACCUCUAUUAAGCGGCCUUCAAGCACUCUACAGACUACAUUUGGCUUUAUUUUAAGAAUGUGAUGAAGAAAAGGAGUCCAAGAUAUAGGUGACAACUGAUUGUGGACCAGUAAUGCUGCCCACAGUACGUGUUUGUUUUAAAAUAAAGUGAUGUUUCUGCUAAAGAUUUUGCUGACCCGGUUUAUGACGAACCUCUAUUGAGUGGCCAACCUUCAGUAAGCGGCCACUUACCAGUACCCCGAGGGUGGCUGUGUAGUGGAGAAUCAACUUUACUGUAUUCAGGUUAGAAAAUGAAGGACAUUGAAGACCAAACUAGUUUAAAAACAUUUUCACCCAAAAUUCAUUUUGAACUACAACAUACAUGUAAAUAAUUAUGGGUGAUUCUCAAUUUGUUUUGGCUUCUAACAGUAAUCAUUCAUAAUCAUGGAUAGUACAAAGACAAAGGAAAUCGAAAAUGAACUAUGCUGCAAUUAUUUAAGCUGAUCUUCAUUUUGAUGUCUUUUUUUAAAUUAUCAAUGUAAGCCCUCCCUACUCUAGAUCUACAGGAUGUAAAACCACUAGCAGCCCACCCCCCCUUCCUCCCCCACCCCCGUGAACUGAAGUUCCAGCUACUGCAUCCUAAUAUUUUGACAUUACAUUAUACCCACUCCCCCCCUGAGUGUAUCCCAAGACCUUCCACAUGAUGGAGGGGGUGGAAUCGUGGAUAGAUCUCCUGUAGUUACUUAUUACACAUAUGCAGUGUACCUUUAAACUUGUUAUGUUUUGUCUCUUCUUUGACCUCAAGUUUCUUUGAAUUUUUUUUUUCUCUGGCAGACACUUAAAGCAAAGGGCAAGACAGCUGAUCUCAAGAAAUUGACUCAGGUGAUUUAUGCCAUUUAAUAUGCAGUUCUGCAUGAUUUUGUCUAAAUUUAUCACUUUUUUGGACUGUGACUUUAUACACUGAAGACUACGCGACAUAAAGAUGGGAUUAAUAUUAUAAAUCGAGUCUGGAUCAGAUAAAGAUUGCAUUCCUUUUAGCCAAACUUUUUUUGGAUUUAGACAAUCCAGAUUAUUUGGAUUUUUGUGCUAGCCAGAACAAAAAUGUGAAACAAGAUUGAACCAUACAAUAGGUGCUUGCUGCUCUGAUGUUGUUCUCAAUUUCAACACAUCACUUUUUUAUUUCUUUCCGCUAAAUUAAGCACUUUCUCACGGAGAAAUGGAAAGAAAAAUAGCUCUUUAACUAGUGGUGGUUCAUACUGGGACGUGGAAUUUGAUUCAAGAAAAUUCAGAAGACAAUUACGAAUUCUCAAGUGCUGAGAAGCGCACUUUAAACACACACAUUCAGUUGAACACUAUAGUUUUACAAUGAGAAAAUCCAAGCGUUUUCACUUCCUUUCAGAUUUAGAGUUACAGUGGAACUUGAGUUCAAUAUACUACAAUCCUUUAGCGGCAAUUAGAACAACAGAGGAGUAUAAAUACCUUAUGCCUGAACCAACCUUGACCGGCUAUGUUUAUCGAUGAAAGAGCAUGUUCUUUCGAUCAAAAAGCAGUUUCAUUAAAUGGAACAAAAAUCUGAAACCAGAUUGAGAUACCAAUCUGAACAAUCCAAGUGCAGAGGUGGAUUGUCCAGAUUGCAAUCUUAGAUUGGUUUAGUCCUUAAUGGAAUGAAAAAUCAAAUUUCGGAUUGCAAAAUCUGGAUUUAGAUUGGUCAAAAGGAACGCAAUCAAAAUUAAACAACAACAGAUUUCAAACGAUGAAUAAUUAUCUUUUGAAGUUUUUAAACCAAAACUGUCUUUGUUUAUAAAAUACAAUAAUUAUUAUUGUUAUUAUUGUAAUUAUGUCUAACAUUUACUGAUCUUUGUUUCAGGCCGAAGAAGAAUAUAAUGAAGCAAAAUCUGUUUACACCAAGCUUCAUGCAGAGUUAUAUGAAGAAUUACCUGCAUUAUUUGACAGGUUAGAACUUUUGCAGUAUUUCUACAAAUAUUUUUUGUUCCAUCAUCAGACAUACAUGUAGUACCACUUCAGUUUACAAGGGUGUUGCAUUAUAGAAGAUACUUGCUCAAGGAACCCAAUGAAUUCAGGUCAAAAUAUCAACUUCCGGUUGCCAAUUUUGACGUCUGGGACGUCAGUGUUCUCACUGCUUAAGGUCCCUAUUGACUCUCAACUUCCUUCUGUACAAAUGGGUGCUAGUAAGGAAAUGCUGCAGGGGAAUACUCUCAUCAAUUUUCUUUGUUUCCUAAUCCCAAUAAUUAUUAUGCAUAAUAAUGAACACAGUUGAACUUCCAUAAAAGUGGCCACCCAUUAAGUGGCCACUUCUAUCAAGCGACUGCAGCUACCUGAUUGCCAUCCCAACAAGAGUUUUCCCAUAGUUGUCACCUCUAAGUGGCCGUCAAGCAUUCUACAGACUACAUUUGGCUUUAAUUUAAGAAUAUGAUGAAGAAAAAGAGUCUGGGAUAGGUGACAACUAAUUGUAGACCAGUAAUGCUGCCCACAUCACGUGUUUGUUUUAAAAUAAAGUGAUGUUUCUGCUAAAGAUUUUGCUGACCCGGUUUAUGACGAACCUCUAUUGAGUGGCCAACCUUCAGUAAGCGGCCACUUACCGGUACCCCGAGGGUGGCUGUGUAGUGGAGAAUCAACUUUACUGUAUUCAGGUUAGAAAAUGAAGGACAUUGAAGACCAAACUAGUUUAAAAACAUUUUAACCUGAAAUUCAUUUUGAACUACAACAUACACGUAAAUAAUUAUGGGUGAUUCUCAAUUUGUUUUGGCUUCUAACAGUAAUCAUUCAUAAUCAUGGAUAGUACAAAGACAAAGGAAAUCGAAAAUGAACUAUGCUGCAAUUAUUUAAGCUGAUCUUCAUUUUGAACAACAAUAUUCAGGUUUAAUAGUCAUUACAGGUUAUCUUCACAGAAUUCUUCUCUAAUGUAGUUAUAGGAAUUCUGUAACAAUAAUUAUUAUUAAUGGUUGACUUAAUUUUUCGACUUAAUUUUUCUUUUUUAUAGUCGAAUUGGUUAUUAUGUAUCAUCCUUCCAGAGUAUAUUCACUGCUGAGGGAGUAUUUCACAGAGAGGCAGCUAGGGUAAUGAUAUCUUUUCUAUGGCCUGUUUAUCUUAAUUGUUCUACAUUUGAAAUUAAUUUUGUUGAACAGUAAUGUAUUUGUUGUGUCUGCAUUUGUUUUGUUGUUUCAGACUAAGACACAAAUGAAUGAUCUUAUGGAUGGUUUAAUUCAUGAUAUGUCAACUGGUAUAUACACAACUAAAAGACCUUACCCUGUUCAAAGGUAUGUGUUAACACAUAAUUCAAAUGUGUCCUGAAAUUUGCCCAAUAUUUCUGGUGAAGUUUCUUGCCUGCUUUGCUCCUGUUUCUCAACAUGCCAAGUUAGUUUGUGUAAUUCUGCGAGUUAUCAUUUCCAAAGAGGAGUAAUUUAACCAGGUUGGUUUUUGAAUUAACCCAUUUGCCCCUGAGCUGCUGGUAACCGCCUGUGCAGAUCCACAUCCUUUCUACUGCUUGUGACAUCAUCAGUUUUGAUUGUCAAAGAUUACUUUGCCUGCUAACUUGUGUAGAGUGAAGAGAUGUUUCAAACCAUACCAGAAUGGGCCCAAUUCAGUCAAGGACACCAGACAAAAAGGCAAAAAACCAUGAAACAUUGAACUGAAAAUUUCCAUGAAAAUCUGUUCCACUACCCACCUACCUUUCCUUUUAUCUAAUCCUAAGAUCCCAAAAGCUUUCUUAAAGACUUUUCCCACCAAAAUGAGGCCUACUAAAUGCCCAGAAAUAGAAAAAAAAAGAGGCAUGAAAAGCGAAAAAAGAGGGGGGUAGAGAAAGCGAAAAGUAAAAGUCAAGACUGCUGUGUCACUUUGAAACCCAAAAAUUCUCGAAAUUUUACUUUCCGUGCUUGCCUGAACUUCGCAAGCUAAUAUUUUGCAUCUGGAUCAGAAGGCCGUAAAGUGUACAACCUGUAAACAGCUUUAUGGUAAGUUUUAGCUCUUUAUAGCAUGACAGUGACCGGAAAAGCAAUUGACUAGCUUUAAGACGGGUUUUUCAGCAAAAUCCCUAAGGGUGAAUGGGUUGAGAAACAAUGCUAUUUUCGACAUGUGAAUCUCAAAUGUGUUUUUUAAAAACAAACAUUUUGAGUCACAUUAUUUCAUUAGAUAUUUUAUUCCCUCUUGCAGCAGUAAACUAAUGAUACAGUUGUUUUUUUCUGUCACUCAGUGAAAACCAAGUGUCAGACAGUGACGAUACAGACGCCCAGACGACAUCCUCUCACCCAGAAAGUGGUGAUGCAAUAGUGUGCAAUGAUGAGGCAGUCAUAUUAGAAACUAAUGAUGGUUAGUGUCCAGGAAAUUCAUCUAUUCAUCUAUCAUCAAAAUUCAUCUGGGGCCCGUUUCUCAAAAGUGCUGACGAUUAAUGGGCCUGGAGAACUGUUGUUGUUUACAUUUAAGAAAGAGGUUCUAAUAUUUUUGCAGUUAGCAUGAUAACAAAUCAAAAUUGACUGAUUUAGUUGCUAGGACCUGCACUUUUAUUCUUUUGAUUUUGAUUUGAAUAUUUGAUUUCAGGUUCAAAAAAUACCAGGACUUUUGAGAAACAGGCUUCAAGAGAGAUAAAUGUUAUUAUAAAAUGAGAGGUUUAUGAAUCGAGGUGUAACCUUGUUCACUAAGUAGUCCUUCCUUUGGAAGCAAGGUAACUACAGUCAAACCUCUAUUAAGUGACCCUCUCAAGCGGUCACCCUCGAUAUAUUGAGGUGGCUCGACACAGUUUUUCAAGGGCAAUACCUCCCACAUUUGAGCAUAAACUAAGUCGCCAUAAACAAAGAUCUGGAAAAAUUGCCACCACAGUUGUAUUAGAUAAAAAUGAGAAUUUGUUAUGAUCGGGUUGCAACGACAGCGGAGUUGUCAUAGCAACGAAAUGACGCCUUUACCUUUUUACUCUUAGCAGUAUUUCUCAGCAUGGGGAACUGUUCUUCUAAAAUCAUUCAGGGGAGCCUUUCCCUUCAAUAGCUGUCUCGAUGUUCGUGAAGUUUAGGCGAAAUCUGUAAGAGCGUUAUUGAGAUAUUUUGGUAUGAAGUUUUUAUGGUUAUAAAUAUGGUAAAAAAUGGACGAUCUUGAUGUUCAGCUGUUAUCAGUAGAAAACAAAGCGGUUUUGACAUGCAAUUUCACCUCCUAGUAGUUUCAAUCUUUUUUAAAAACGUGUGUGAAAGACCAUGGAGAUAGCUUCAGUCGAUUGCGGGAAAGAAGGAUUUGACUAGUAUGUAUCCAGGCGCUUUUGUUAGUGGUUUUGUAAACAUUUUGGUCUACUUUAACAAAAUAGCGAAUAAUUUUUUUACGGCUAGAUAGAUUUUUUAAAAGUUUAAGAUUUGUGAGAUUUUGACUGUCCUUUUAUAUGGUCUUCUAGUUUGGAGAUUGCAUUUCUGCAACUGCCAAUACAUACAUGUACAGCCAAAGUUGAGAUCUUGAUGUCAAUCAAUAUUAUUAACAAUCAAGAAUUAAGAUUCUCUUCAAAAUAUGUACUUUGCAGUAAGAGUAAUUGUACAUGGGAAAAAAAGACGUUGAUUUUUAACAAAAACUUUUCCUUUGGUUUUAAGUAGCUGAAAAUCAAAUUGUUGCACAAUGGUCAUGUGUUAUUGACAACCACUCCUGUAAUUUUGUCCUUUUUUCGUUUCAUAUCUUAGAUGGAACUGUAAAUCAGAUAGAGGGCAAGGCUGCGGUUGGAGCAGAUGGUAUAUUGUUUACUCCUUAUUUUUUCAUUCUGAAGAUGAUUCAUUAUUUUUUAUUAAGUAGCAAUACUGUAAAUAACCCCCCCCCCCCCUGUUGGGGGUCCUCCCUUUUUUAAGCAAUAAAGGUUUGGGCUGCCCCAAGGGGUAGGGUUUUUGGGCUUUUUUGUUUUAAAACUGGGAUUCAACACUUCCCCCCUUUUUGUUUUGAUCCGGUAGAGUCUUCCGGGGAAACCCCCCCCCCCCCCCUGUUGGGGGUACUCCCUUAUGUAAGCAAUAUAGGUAUGUGCUGCCCCAAAGGGUAUGGUUUUUGGGCCUUUUUGGUCUAAAAAUGGGUAUCAUACACUGCGCCCAUUUUGUCUUGAAUCGGGUAUGAUUUUCGAGGGAACUACAUGAGUGUAUGAAUGUAUUUAUCGUUUCAAUUCCAAAUGAAUAAGAACAAAAUAGAAUUAAAAAUUCCAAAUGCAUUUGAAGAAUUUUUUUUUGUUUGAGCUCUGUUCCAAGUAUUGAUGAAAUAAUUUCUGCCUAAAGGCCAGAUCUGAAAAUGGGAAUGGAUUUUAGAGGUCUGGUCUGAAAACGGGUAUGGAAAAUGGAGAACUGGAUGGCACACCCCCACCUCCCCCCCUCCCCGGUUUUCCUUUAAACGCUCAAAGUAGAGCCUAGGGCUACGGAUACUCAACAACCUUUCUGUUAUGUCAUCUGAUGUACUACAUUGCUGAUGACGUUCAAGCAAUUUGGAGGAAAUAUUUGAUUUUGUUUUUAAAAGUUGUUGCUCCAAGUCUUGAAAUUUGUACACUAAAUGCCUUAUAUUGUCAUUCGUAAAGAUAUCUCAGAAGGUACCCGGUCAGGUUAAAUACCAGUUAUCUCCUUGGCCUGUUACAAGAGUGUACAAAGUCUCAUUAGAACUGUUUAAAAAGGAUUUUUCAUCACUGCAUUUUGUUCCACAGCCACGAACCCAUUCCUGCAGUCUGACCAGGAUGAAGCAGAUACUGUGGGAGGGGAGACUGUGACUUCCCAAGAAAGCCAAGAAAAGCCCAAGCCCGUACCAGCUGCACGACCCCCACCCCCUCAGGUUAAACCAGAAAGACCUGCAGUUCCGAAUUUGCCUGUAAGUAGACAGCAACCACAAGCAGAGGGCACUGAGGUAAGUUCAGUAUCCAAAAAAUACUACCAAAACAGUUAGACCACGAAUUCAGAGAUACGUGCGACAGUUGAUUUUGGCACCAGAUGUUUAUGAUUUGAGUCAUGUAGCUUUGUUUGUCAAACUAGAAAGGUGCACUCACGUGGCCACAUUCCUGAGCGUUUGGUGGAUCAAAGAAAGCCAAUGCAAGUAAAAUGCAUAAUGGUGUUCUCUGUAAACCAAAAAGGAGAAAUUUUCACUUGUGGAAAGUCAGUCGAUGAAAGUUCUUUCGGUUUCAGCCGUCUUGCGUUAUAUAUAGACUCUGACCACUGAUGUGUGAACAACAAAUCCAGCUAUGAGAAAAGAGUGUGACCACGUGAGUUCACCUCUUUGGUUUGACAAACAAAUCCACAUGACCUGAUUCGUUAACGUCUGGUGCCAAAAUCAACUGUGACGCCUGUCUUUGAAUUUGCAGUCUACCUGUUUCGGUAGUAACUGCUAGAAUUAGACACUGGUGACUAUGCAUUAUCUUUACUCUCUUGGAUCAACCUUUGAUGACAGGCCUUUCCAUCUUCCAAACAGACCCGUCUACAUUCUAUUUCAAGUUUUGAUUAGGAUCAGUUUGCAAAAUUUGUUGAUACAACUGGAAAGAGCACCUUAAUUAUUACCAAGUUUGAAAGUGAUACCAUGUGGCACAAAAUUUUUGCGAGGUUUUGCGAUUUUUCCAGCAAUCUGCCAAAAUAAGGUCUUGCAAAUUUACCACAAACAUUUUUCCUGCAAAAAUUUACUCCAGAGUAAAUAAUUAUAUUUUCUAACUUAAAUUCGCUACACAAAGAUACAGUAGUAAGAAAUCGAGUCUGUUCAAUCACAACUUGUCUCUUUCAUUCAGAAACAAAAUGGUAUACAAUGAACUACUGGUUUUACAUAAGUAUAUGCACACUGUAGUAUUGUUUGAAAAUGUUUAUUUCAGUCUAUAGCAUGUACUCAAUAAAAACAAAAAUAUUAUUAAUGCUGGACACUGGGCACUUUAUGAAAAUGGCGAAAGUUAAUUCCCAGCAAGAAAAGCCAAUCUGUCCUAAUCGCAGAAAUAAUUAGUUUCAGCAAAACACAAAAAAUCACCAAUCUGCACGAAUAGAAUCCCUCAAAAAUUUCAGGCCUCAUGUUAAGUCUCAAGUGACACAACAAAUUAAAGAUGCAAUAAAACAACCUGUGGGCAUGUUCAUGCAUCCAACUGACAGACAAGACUCAUAUAAGAAGUUCAUUGAUAUAUUUUAUCUCACCACACAGAGUAAGGGAUCACCAUCAAGUGAAGAAUCUCCUCCAACAUCCAUGCCACAGGCAGAAGGAGAAAAGCAGGAGACUACAACAGCUGAAAUUCCGGGAGUUCAAUAUAAGGUACAGUGUUUACGUUGUUAUUAGUAUCAAUUUUCUCCUCAUAAGAAGGUAGUAAAAUUCCUGGAGUUCUCCAUGAAGUACAGCAGUUACAUUGUUAUUUUCAGUAUUCUCUAUUUUUGAAUCCCCCAUAAUACACUCUCUUCGCCCCCCAAAGUUUGCAUAAACCAUUGUUUUCAAAUGCUCCUGGACUGCAUUUUCCCAAGAGCAUUUGAAGACAAAAACUUAUGCAAAAUUCGGGGGGCAAACAGAGUGUAUUAUGAGGGAUUCAAAAAUAGUCAAUUCAAUUUCUCGUCUCGAGUUAUCUCUACUUCAGUAAACAAACAGUCUGUAAGAUAGUAAAAGCAGUCAUUUUAAAGGCAUUGUCAAAGAAUGGAAGCCUGUGAAAUAAUUCAUUUGGAAAUAAUAAGCAUCUUAUCUGCAUUAAAAUAUAGUACAAGUUCUUAGUCCUGGCAUGCAUUUCUCAAAACUCCCAAAGAGUUUUCAGGCCCAGAUAGUUUUGAAAUGGAAUAAUAUCUCAUCCAUUUAUUUUUUGUAAAGCGUAGGCCAGUGCACUUCUCGUUCUUAUAAAGUUUUCAAAUCUUCCCAUUUGAAGUUUAAUCUCAUUCAUAUUUUUGCUUGACUAAAGUUUUUGUGAGUUUUGAGAAACAUGCACCUGGACUUUUUUCAGAUUUCUAUGCUCGGAAUUCCUAAAGCAUCAUUCUCGCCAUGGCUAUUGUUUUCCAUCAGGCCAGGGUAGAUCAAAGUACAGUUUUAUUUUCAUUAAAUGGCCACCUAUUAAGGGGCCAGUGAUCAAAGUCCCAAAAUAUAUUGUAGAGAACAAUAAUAUUAUUGUAAGCUUAACUUCCAUUAACUAAAGCAGCCACCUCUAUUAAGAAGCCGCAGCCACCUUUUCGCCAUCCUGACGAGAGUUCCCUCAUUGUUGUCACCUCUAUUAAGCAGCCAUCAAGGGUUUGAUACAUUAUUUUAUUUUGGCUUUAUUUCAAAAAUAUGUUGAAAAUAUAGUUGGAGAUGGAUGGUUAUUGAUUGUGGACCAGCAAUGCUGCUCCCAUCAGAUUCCAUCACAUGUGUGUCUGAAAAUAGUGAUAUUUCCGCUUAUUUCUGACAAACCUGUAUUGUUCAGUGCUGCAAGGUUGUGGAACAGACUUCCUGAGGAGUUGAAAGACUGUUCUACCUUGACAUCUUUCGAAAACAAACUUAAGCGAAUAGAAGUUUGUAAAUUGUAGGGGACAAUCUUUAUUAAUUCCGUCAUUAGUUUAUCUUCAAAUUCUUGCCUAUGAAUCAUAGUUUUUUAUCGUUUUUUUUUUCUGCGGGUCAUGUGUAGAUUAUCGAGAGAUAUUAAGUGCUACCCUCAAAUUAUAGAAAAAGUUAUCAUCGUCAUCAUCAUCAUCAUCUUUAUUAUUAGUAGUAGUAUUAUAACUUCUGUUAAGAGACUUAUGAGUCGCCAUCAAAUGGAGGUUGAACUGUAGUUACCAGUUGUUUAAAACUUUCUCUCCAGGUUCGAGCAGCCUAUAAAUAUGUAGCUGAGGAUGAUGAUGAGUUGUCAUUUGAGAAAGGAGAAAUCAUAAAUGUAGUACCAUCAAAUGGAGGUUGAACUGUAGUUACCAGUUGUUUAAAACUUUCUCUCCAGGUUCGAGCAGCCUAUAAAUAUGUAGCUGAGGAUGAUGAUGAGUUGUCAUUUGAGAAAGGAGAAAUCAUAAAUGUAGUUGAGUUUGAUGAUCCUGAAGAACAGGUACGUUGCUUUGAAUAAUUGUAGAACAAGGACGUGGUUGAAAAUAUUCCAAGAAAUAGAUAUACAGGUAAACCCUGUAAAUAAGGACACUGAGGGGACCAUAAAAAGUGUUCGUUUUAACAGGGUGUCCGUAUGAAGCGAGUUGAAUAUAGAGAAAAUGUGAGGGCUUGCUUUCUCUAGGGACAAGAAAAUAUUAAUUCUGUAAUAAUGAGGUGUCCAUAAAGCGGUGUUCAACUGUGUUAGAAAUUGCCUGUUAUCAAUGAAGGAAGGGUGGUUGUUACACAGACACAAUCACUUGUUCAAAGAGAAUUUACUCCAUACAAUGAGGGUUAAGGGGUCCCAUAGGAAGUUUUUAAACUCUGGAAUUAGGUGAAAAACAACUUUUGCCACCCAGUCAUUAUUGAUUGGUUUUCUGUACAAAUAAUAUUUUGUAAAUGUUGAAAUUUUCAAACUGUCAUUUAAUAUUUCUCUUAUGCAGCACAAGGCUCAAAUUUUCUGUUAUGAACAAAAGAAAAUUUUAGCCUCCAUGAGGUUCAAGGAAAGAUUCUUCAAUUCAAUAUUUAAUAUUUAAUAUUUACAAGGAUUUGUAUGGAAAAUCACUCAACCAUGACUGGGCGGCAAGAGUUGUUUUUCGAAUAUAAAUCCUUCUAAUUUUUUGGUAGCCAUUGAAAUCCCUUCUUUUAUGAUAUAGGGAUGAAAAUUUACAGGUUACCUAUUUUUAAUAUUCUCUUUCAGUUCCUGCUAAAAAUCAUUUCUCCAAAGCUAACUGUUUUUAUGUUUACAGAAAGUUGAUCAUGUAACAGCAUUAUUGCAAAAGGCCUAUUACUAAGCAAUGCAUUCUUAGAGUUUUAUGGCAUCAUGUUAUUUUCCUACUACAUCUGAACACCAUGGUGUUUUCAUAGCUCUUCUGACUUUCUGUGCUGUUUCACAUCUCUGUAGGAUGAAGGUUGGCUAAUGGGUAUCUUAGAACUUAGUGGUAUCAAAGGAGUCUUCCCUGCAAACUUUACAAAGCCAAUUUAACAGUGACUGGUCAAGAAGAGAAAGAAACAAGACUGAUAGGAGUUGGCAGAAAAUAAUGUAGGGUUUCUAUAAGUUAUAAUUUACUGGAUAUAUUUGAGCUGUUCGAAUAUUAUGAUAUCAAUAUAAUAAUGCGCAGCAGCUUAAGAAACUAUCCGAACUAACGAUAGACAAUUCUACAGGGAAGAAGGUCUUAGAACUAUAAUUUGUUAAAGGAGAGUACUCAAAGCAAAUUAGAAUUUCUAGAGGGGUAUUGUGGGUAUUUGAACAAAAAAUCUUCUCUGGGGUGGGGAGGGGUUGAUGUGAAUAGUUGAGAUCAGUAUGUGAUCUUGUAAGACUACCCACCCACCCCCUCCCUUACCCAAUGCUAACACUAACUUUUCUCUUGGGGCAAACUGUUGGGUUAGGGGAGGUGUAGCUUGGAUCACUAUACUAGUCAAGGGAAGGUUGGGUAGGGGAGGGUAGGAAACUACCCACCCUCCCCUUCCCUAACCCAACCCUAACACUAACUUUUCACUUGAAGCAAAAUUUUGGGUUAAGGGAGGGGCUGGUGGGUAGUUUUGCAAAAUCCUAUACUGAUGCAAUAGUUUCUUCUUGAGACGAUGGAGGUGAAAGAUGAUUGUCAGCAGUUUUGUGAAAAUAUAUGCCUUCUAUGUGCAGAUCUUUCUUUGCACGUGUAGUGGAAUCUUGUGUCAUAUAGCGUUGAUACCCAUCUCACUGGAUCCCUCCCCCCCCCC